AUCUUCCACCAGUCGGCAGCACGAUCGAGAGCCCUUGAGCUUAUAGCAAGUAAGAUGGCCUCCACCGACUCCAGCUUACCAAGUGAAAAUCCCGCCAAGAAGGAGGAUGAAUUUAACGAAUUUUACACGGAGGUUAAAGAAAUUGAAAAGAGAGACUCUGUGCUGACUCCCAAACAACAAAUUGAUAGAUUAUUGCGACCUGGGUCAUCUUACUUCAAUUUGAAUCCAUUUGAAGUUUUACAAAUUGAUCCAAGCACAGCAAUAGAAGAAAUAAAAAAGAAAUACCGUCGUAUGUCAAUUUUGGUGCAUCCAGACAAAAAUCAGGAUGACGCCGAAAGAGCGCAGCAAGCCUUUGAAAUUGUUAAUAAGGCGUGGAAAACCCUGGAAAAUGAGGAGACUAGAUCAAAAUGUAUGGACGUUAUUGAGGAAGCAAAGGCUCGGACUGAUCACAUGAUUGCAGAAAAGAAAAAGAAGCUAAAGAAAGAAGGAAAAUCUGAGAACACAGGUCCAACACUUUUAGAGGAAGAAACUGAAGAAGGUUACAGGCACGCUGUCUGGGUUAUGACAAUGAAACUGUUCGCCGAUAUGGAGCGAAGAAGACGUGAACUCGCUACAAGAGAUGCAGAGCAGCGUAAAAGAAAACGCGAAGAGGAAUUGUCUGCGGAAGCCCAGGCAGCAAUGGAGCGCGAAUGGCAACGAAACUUCGAGGAGUCUAGACAAUCACGCGUUGACAGCUGGAAAGCGUUUCAGUCUGGUACAAGCGCCACAAAGCAAAAGAAAGCAAAGAAGCUAAAAGCUUUCAGGCCACCAAAAACGAAGGCAGAGUCGCGAUAAUCGUGAUCAUCCCUCGUUUUUCUCUACUUCCGGUGUGCGGAUUCUGAUUUUAGUCGACGCAAUGUUUUAUCUUAGAAAUUUUCUCGCAGCGUUAAGGUAGAUUAAGAGAUCUAAUAUCGCGCGAUGUUGAUCCAACAAUGAAGUGCCGGAUCACAUUAUCUUGAAAUUAAAGGAUAAGAGGAUAUUCUAGAUCCUCGAUCCUUUUGAUUCUAAGCCAUCCAAGUAUGAGGUAAGAGUAUUCUGUUUCGAUAUUCAUUGUUUAAAUGGCGAAAUCAAGUUUCUAUGAAAUAUUCUCACAUAGUCAAUUUUACCUUCUAUCAGAAUAAUGGAGACUAUUAAGUCUUUGAUGAGCAUUCGAGGACAUCUUUUUAUUUUAUCGAAAUAAAAAGAUUAUUGAAGAAGAUUAUCGAAUUACUUCUAUUUAUCAUUUUAAACUUGAUAUUGCUCACACAGCGUUCAGAGUAAAUGAAUUUUGGGGGAAUUUUGGUGAAAUCGAUUUCACCAAAGUCUAUUUUCUUGCUUAAAUAAUCAUGAUUUAAAGCUAGAAUAAAAAUGUUAAAGGUACACACCGAUGUUACAGCGAGCAAAAUCUUAAAAGCAAAUUGUGUUACUACAGAGAAGAAAAAAAAAUACGGAAAUACAUAAAAAAUGCGGAAUAAUAGUAAAGUUUAUUGAAUGAAUGAUGAAUAAUGAUGAAUAUGUUUAUGUACGUGGUUGAUAACAGUUUCAUGUGCGUGCUAUGUAAAUUCAUUUUGAAAACGGCAUAAAUCAUUCAUUGAAAGUCUAAAACGAACAAAAUUUUCUUUUUACUUUAAAUAUUAUAUUUUCUAUUUAAAUAUUCUAUUCCAAUAAACUAAUUUAAAGCUAGUGUAAGUAUAUUUUUGUUUUAUUUAAAUCAUAUUCUUAUAUCGUUUUCAAAAUGAACGUUUCGGUUGUGAGAAUCUUUUGUAUGUGAAUCCCGUGUCUCUUCGCAGAGUUUGACAAUUAAGGAAUUUUUCGCGUAAUUUCCGCGAUCAUGCGAAACUGACGUUUCACAUGUAUAGAGAAAGGGAAAGGAAGAAAGAAAAAGAUACAUUUCUCUGAAGCGUUGUGCAUUCGCAGUGUGCUGACGUUGCGCAACAAUUGUCAAUUUUAUAAUCUACAUGUGUCUCGUACCUACUAUAAAACAUACGAUUUUCCUUCAUAGGGAAAGUACACAGUUGGGUAUAUAUUUAUUAUAUACUGUGACGCGAAUUCAGAUAGUAUCAGGGUCAACUACCAUACCCUAUUUCUGUAAAUGUCAAAAUCGCGCAGAAAUUAACUUUCUAAUAUUUUAGAACAAUAUGGAAAUUUAUAAUAAAAGAUUUACAGACCAUGACAUUUGACGUAAUGAAGUUAAUACAUAUGCAGAAUAUCGAAAAAGUCUCAGAACAAUCUGUGAUUUAACAAUCCGAGUCUUGAAUCAUCAAAAUCUUUGAUACUUUGAAAAAAAGUUCUUGAAACAUAAGAUUAUGAUGAAAUUUUCGUGUUCUAAAAAAAUCGAUUCGUUUCGCAUUAUCGCAGAGGCUUUGAUUCCGCGCUGAAUAAGAUCUCGGCUUUUUAGAACGCCAGUCUAAACUCCGGUAUUCAUGUAUCUCUUGAAAACUUCGCGAACACUUCGGUAUUGCGAAUGGCGUGUGAUUCUGAAAAACGGAAACGGUUCUUUCAAUCUUUUUGGAAUCUGUUGUGAGAUGUGAAUAUAUACGUAUAAAUUGUUUCUAAAAGACUGUUCAUACUGCACGAUGUGCCGCAAUUUCGGACAUAAUUGUCUAAUAGUGUGUAUAUAUCGCGCUACUCGAAUACAAUAUAUUAAAGAACCUUCCAUUCAGUCGUGAUUACGGCAGUGAUGCAAGAUGUCUAUUAAAAUUGUUUAAUUCAACGAGGAAAAAUGCAUAUAAUCGCAUUCUUGUUCCUUGCAUCGAAAUCUUUAAGAAGUACAUAUAUAUACACACAGGGUAUUCUAAAUAUACAUACAGAAUAUUCCCCGUAUAUUUCUUUUACCUAAAGAUUCCUCGACCAAUUUGGAGUUGAUGUUUCAGGAGAUAUAUGCAAAAUUACUUCACAAGAAAAAAUUCAAAUCGAAUCCGUGUUGGUUAAGGAAUCCGCCCAUUAAAAAAAUAUAUAUUGUGAUAUCUCAAAGGUUCCCUUUUUCUAAUCGUAUUUUUCUCAGAUUUGUAUAUGUACCAUGUGGUUAAUUCAUUACUUGACGCAGACGUUUCCGCCCUUUUCUUAUAUAUACCGCGAGUGCAAUAUAAUAUUAUGGAUUACUUUUGAUUAUACACGUAUACUAGACAAGUAAUAUUAUAUGUCUUUCACGUAAUAGAUAAUUAAUUAAAAGAAAUUAAAAGAAA